AGGAACUCUCCACGGUGCCUUCUGCGCCCAAUGUAGUGACUAAUUUGGCUUUGGCCUUCUCGGAUGCCAACUUGCCGAACGAGAGAGUCUUCGAAUCCCUCGGCACGGUUGGCAGUGUCACGCUGCAUGAGUUCAGGGCCUCCCAGAUUUCUACCUUGGUGCAGGCGUUCGCGAAGGUUGGCCUAAAGCACGACAAGCUUUUCGCCGCGGUCGACGCCGCUGCGUUGAGCCGAACCUAUUCUUUCAAGGAGCACGAGUUGCAGGACAUCCUGACAGCAUACGAGAGCGUCGGCGCGCCCACCAAGAACCUCAGCAAGGCGAUAUUCGCGCAGAGGUCUGGGGACCAAGACGUCCGGAGCGGCUACAUGGCGCAUGUCGUCACAAUUGUGGCAUUGGUUCUGCUAGCACUGUGGCUAACAUGGAAGGUGACUCCAACUUGACCAGGGUACCCGGAUCAGGACACCUCAUGGGGCAGCACUUCACGUGUAGAAUCGACCAUGAGAUUCAGGUGUUCAUCUUUUGCGAGUUGCAAAGCUUACAGCAAGUGUGGAGAAUUGUAUGUAUGAGGCGUGAGGGGCGAAUGGCUUCGUUUCUGCCUUCCCUACAUUAAGCGGCCGUAGAUGUCAGGGUCCAGUAGUCGGUCAUCCUGUGAGCCGAAGCGCUGCCGCCGCGACCAUGCCCAGUUCGGACUAGUAGUGUUCUAGAUUUCCAUCGCGUAUGUUGGCCAACGCGUGGA